CAACAACAGCAACAACAAAUCAAAGAAAAACUUUGGAGCCUCCAUGGACGAGCGGCAUCACUCGCCAAAUGCUGUGCAAAGCGUGGAGGUAGUGGAUUCGAAUCCCACUCUGGAAGUAUCUUCGUGCUGUCCUUCUUAUUAUGCUAUCUGUCCUUCUAUUUGACAAAGGUUUAUAAGCCUAAAUUGAGAGCACAAGCCUGCAAAUAUGAGAAAUUUUCAAGUGAUUCUGCUGUGUCACAGAAAGAAAAAGGUCAACUUGAAACAGUUUCCGAUAAUCAUCCGGCAGAAUUGCCUAGAAAAGAAAUUAAAAUAAAUAUAGCAUUGAAACAGCCGUCAAAGAAUAACAUUCAAUCUCUUAAUGCCUCUCAACCAACUGUUUCUGGUCAUCUAAGCAACGCUAACUUACGAGACUUAGAAAUUAUCUCCAAAGAUAGCUCUGCUAUUCAAUUAGUUACUGAAUCGGAAACAUUACAAAAAGAGGGUGAUAAUUCAGACUCUGAAAAUAUAUUAAUAAACGAAACUCUUAAGGUUCAUAAAUCUAUUUCGGAUGGGUUGGAGUUUUCGGCACAUUCUGAAGUCACUAAAAAUGAUAGUUCUAUCAUGAAAAUAAGUAAUGAAUCUGAACUAUUACAAGAGAAGGAUGAUAGUUCUGACUCAGAAAAUACGUUAGCAAACAAAACUCUUCUUAAUCAAACUGGCCAUGAAUCUACUGCUUCUGUUGGUUUAGGUUUUUUGGCACAUUCUGAAGUUUCAAGAAAUGAUAGUUCUGUUACGCAAUUAGUUAAUGAACCCAAAACAUUGCAAAAAGAUGAUAAUUCUGUUACGCAAAUAGUUAAUGAAUCUGAAACAUUGCAAAAAGAUGAUAGUUCUAUAUCUGAAAAUGUAUCAACAAACGAAACUCAAACUGGUCUUGAAUCUAUUGUUUCAGCUGGUUUAGAUUUUUUGGCACAAUCUGAAGUUGCAAAAAAUGCCGCUGUAGCUAUGGAAAUUUUCAAUCUUUCUGAUUCUUCUCUAACAGAUCACAUAAUUGAUGACAGUGUGAUCGAUUUAGUGCUGUCAGCACAGAAUAAGUUAGACGCAGAAACAGCAUCCAGUGAGAUAGAAGAUAUUAAAAAUGAUUUGAUCCCCAACAAUGAAAUAAAUGAAUCUCAUGUCAACACUGAUGAAACAGAAAGUGAUAUAAAUUUGCUUCCAAUCGACAAAAAAAAGUGUCCCACUCCAGGAAUCUGUGUUUUUUGGUUCAUGGCUCGAAACGCCUGUACUAAUGAUGGCGAAUGCUUGGGUUCGAAAAUUUGUUGUAGAGUUAGGUGUUCCAAAAAGUGUAUAGAUGUUUAGAAUACCUCUGUUUUGACUAAAAAUGUCAAUAUUUAAAUUUCAUUGAAUAUUUGCGGGAUAAAAUUCCGUCAUCAAGAUUCAGUCAAUCCUCUUUUUGAGCAUGGUUUGAGAUGCUACGAAAAUGUGAAGAGAACCCAAAGACAGUGGCUAGACAAGAUAUUGAGGUCAUAAUAAAAUUCCACUCUGUACAUAUGCGAUAAAUCCGAUGAUUUUGCAUAAACAGCACUAAAUUUAGCAAAUGUGAGAAUUUGGCUGAUAUGUGAUAAAUAGUAAUUUUUUCAAAUGUGAUAUUUUUACCACAUUAAAUUAGACUUUAAAAAAUUU